AUCUCAUAAUUUGUUUGAGACUGUUCCAGAUGAAGUUACAACGUUUUAUAACAUUGUCGAACUCGAUUUGUCAUACAAUCAAUUAACAACAAUUGAAAAGAAUAUGCUAGAGUGGAUUGAUACCCAGCAUAAAGAACAUGGAACUUUUGAAUUAUACCUAAGUAAUAACCCAUUAAUUUGUUCGUGUGACACCAGGAAAUUUCUACGUUGGAUGUUGACAACUAAAGUAAAGUUGGAUAAUAAUGGUAAUUACAGUUGUUUGGUUUCUUCAAGAAAAGGUAUCAACAACUAUACAAGAAAUGUCGCUGAAGACUUUCAUCAUUAUUUCGUUGACUGUGAUACUACCAUAUGGAUCAAAUUAGGCGUGUCAUUAUUGGUUUCUGUUUUAUCGAGUGUGCUUUGUAUUGCUCUAUUAUACAAUUUCAGAUGGAGGAUAAUUUUCUUUUUCUUUCGAAAUUUCCGGAGAUUUGCUGAGAAAGGUCUCGAGCUAACUUUUUAUUAUGACGUUUACGUUUCGUAUUCCGAUGACUGUGAGUCGUUUGUAAAAGAAUUACAAGAGAAAGUAGAAGAGGAAUGGGGAUUCAAAGUUUGCUUUGAAGAUAGAGAUUUCAUUGUAGGCGAAUCGAUUGCUUAUGAAAGAGCUACGUCCAUUAACAGAUGCAGACACAUAAUAUUUUUAGUAACCCCGUCAAUUGUUAAAAAUGAAUGGACUCGUUUUGAAAUCGAGCGAGCAAAGUAUGAAAAGUUUACCAAAAAUCUUCAAAAGAUUGUUGUUAUUACAAAAGAUAUCCCUUUGGAUACUAUUCCUGUAGAAUUUUCCACUAUUUGGAAAGAUGUACUUUUAAUCCAAUGGCCGAUUGAGAAGGAAGAUGUUCAAAUGGCUUGGCAAAAGCUUAGACUUUGGUUCUUUUGAUAGUGUAUAAAGAAACAAGAUUUAACAGAAUGUUUAGUAUACCACGCAUAAUACACUUAUGUAAGUGGGUUUCCUUCGUAAAUAUUAUUUAUUUCAAAGUGUUCUUCCGUAUGUUUUUUUCUAUCUAGUCAAGAUAAAUAAGAAUGCAUAUCGCUGAGUGUAUUGUAGAUUCUUACUCCAGCACUUGUUUUUGUACAU